AUGCAGACCCCCUCCAACCACAAGGAUCAGGCCCCGCCCCCAAAUACAGACUCCCCCACCCACCAGGAUCAGGCCCCUCCCCCAAAUGCAGACCCCGCCCACCAGGAUCAGGCCCCGCCCCCAAAUGCAGACCCCCCCCACCAGGAUCAGGCCCCGCCCCCAAAUACAGACCCCCCCCCCCACCCACCAGGAUCAGGCCCUUCCCCCAAAUACAGACCCCCCCAGCCACCAGGAUCAGGCCCCUCCCCCAAAUGCAGACCCCACCCACCAGGAUCAGGCCCCGCCCUCAAAUGCAGGCCCCGCCCACCAGGAUCAGGCCCCGCCCACCAGGAUCAGGCCACGCCUCCAAAUGCAGACCCAACCACAAGGAUCAGGCCACGCCCCAAAAUGCAGACCCCGCCCAUCCGGAUCAGGCCACGCCCCCAAAUGCAGACCCCCCCGCCCACCAGGAUCAGUCCCCUCCCCCAAAUGCAGACCCCCGCCCACCAGGAUCAGGCCCCGCCCUCAAAUGCAGACCCCGCCCACCAGGAUCAGACCCCGCCCUCAAAUGCAGACCCCGCCCCCACAUGCAGACCCCCGCCCACCAGGAUCAGGCCCCGCCCCCAAAUGCAGACCCCGCCCACCAGGAUCAGGCCACACCCCCAAAUGCAGGCCCCGCCCACCAGGAUCAGGCCACGCCUCCAAACGCAGGCCCCCAACCACAAGGAUCAGGCCCCGCCCCCAAACACAGACCCCGCCCACCAGGAUCCGGCCCCCCAAAACACAGACCCCGCCCACCAGGAUCAGAGGGAGCGGGCAUAA